AUGUCAUAUGUUGAUAACCAGAAAACACAAGUCCCCCAGUCUAUCUUUUUGGGCGUGAUCUGGGCUCUUACUGGCACCUCUUUGCUCUUCAUUUUAGUUCGCAUUUAUGCCCAAUUUACCUCCUUCCGUCGUCUCUUUAUAGAUGAUUUCCUCGUCAUCCUCGCAUGGAUUAUGUUCUUCACCUCUGCGGUUAUUUGGCAGAUUGAGGGGAAAGUUCUUGAGGAGUUGAAUGCGAUCAGCGCCGGUACAAAGCCGUUCAAACUUGGGUUUUUGCCUCGGUACCUUAAGUUCAGGCGAUUCAUUGCUCCAUUCGAGAUACUGUUUUACUCAGCGCUGUGGUGUGUCAAAUUCUCAUUUCUGGCAUUGUUCUACCGAAUCAGUGCUAAAGUCAAGACCUUCCGGACUUGGUGGUUCGUUGUUCUUUUCUGCACAGCAAGUGUGUACAUCGCUUCAGUAGCAGACAUUGAGUAUAAAUGCAGUUGGGGAGAAUUGGAGUACAUUUGGAAUGAAUGCCCUCAGCUCAAUCACAUUCACUACGAGAAUCGUACGUUCUGGGCCAACUGUGCUGGGGAUGUGAUCACGGACUUGAUGAUGUUAUGGAACACUCGAAUCUCGCGUCGCAAAAAGUUACUCUUGUUGAGCAUUUUUUCAGCAACUAUUCUCAUUAUGGUGACCGCCAUAAUCAGGGUGGCCAUUGGUGCGAACUAUGACCGGCGGGUGAAUAUCAACUGGCUGUUUUUCUGGAGUUUUGUUGAAGUUGCCAUUGCAAUAUUUGUCUCAUGUGUCGCUUCCCUCCGGCAACUGUUCGUCACUUCCCAAAAUCAGAGCCCAUCUACCAAGCCCGCUUAUCAGAACACGUAUGAUCCCUUGUUCAAAAGGUCCAAAGAGGCUUGUAGCGAAGACAUGUCGUAUAUGGUCGAGGAUCUUGAGCUACGCACGAAUGAUAGGGUUCCUAUGUCGCCCUUGAACAUCAUACACGUUUUUCAAGAUUACCAUGUGACCAGUGUCGAUGCAAGCCAGCCCGAUGAAAAGAAGAUCUCUAAGGGGCUGUAA